AUGUUCGAUCAUAUCCAAUCAGCUGACACCACCCAACAUCUUGCUUGUAUAGUUGCUAUAAAAAACUAUCUUGAUUCAGAUGAUCCUCCAAUCAACAAAAUUGUCCAAGCCGGUCUCUUUCCUCGUUUUGUGGAAUUUACCUCUAGCCACAUCCCUAGUCUUAAGGCUGUUCAAACAUUUGGAACCGUUGCUUAUCACAUACCAAAAGUGCUUCUUUCUUCUUUACUUGAGAAUCCCACAUGUUCAGCGAUCCUCCAAGAGAAAAUUUGCAGAGCUGUUAAAUUCAUUACGAACGGAAUGGAGACUCAUCAGACGACAUCCUCCGACAAGGAUCUCUAUCAGGGUUGGCCCUACAAAGAGCAGGUUAGACAGUGUUGUGGGUAUGAAUUUCUGGUGCGGCUCAUGGAAGAGAAUGAUGUUGAUACUAGUGUUAAGGAUGUAGCUAGGUCUUUGAUCGAGAAUCAUCUUAACUAA